AUGGCGCUCAUAUCAUUAUUGUUUCUACUGUCGUCUGUCCAGCUCUCCACAAGCGCUCGAGACAUUACAUUCCCACCAGUCUCUGGAUACUCAUCGCAACAAAUCAUUCCUCAGCAGAACCUUGGAUUAGAUAUCACUCAUGCGAAGUUCGCAGGUCUGAUGACAUAUGCCAACCUUCCUUACGUACACUGUUUGGCUCCGGAACAGCACGAUGUGGUGCCAUUUGACAUUGCAAUCCUAGGUGCACCAUUCGACACAGGUGUUACCGCACGACCUGGAGCGCGCUUCGGCCCGAGUGGAAUUCGACAGGGCUCGAGCCGGAUAUCACCAGCCAGUGCUUGGUCCAUAUAUACAGGUGAGAACGUGUUUGAGGAUUGGGCAAAAAUCGUUGACUGCGGUGAUGCGCCAUUGACAUUCUUGUUAGUAACCCCAAGUUGUGAUCGACUCAGGCGUCUAACUGUCAUUCUCAAGAUCGUGUCCGCAAGACCUACCAAUUCGAGCGAGCACACAACACCAAAGAUUGUGACGUUGGGUGACACGUGGGACCCUGAAGUACUCGGCGGAGGCAUCUCCCAUUACGCAGGUGUUAAUCACGGAACAUUCCUACAUAUCGCGCAUGAGGAAGGUUUGAUUCGAAACACUAGUAUUCACGCGGGCAUUCGAGCUCCCAUGGGACGACCAAAGGGUGAUCUGCGAAAUGAUAUCCGAUGCGGGUUCGAGAUUGUCAAAGCCAGAGAAAUCGAUCAAUUCGGUGUAGCAGGUGUCAUUGCUAGGCUGAAGUCUCGGGUGGCUGGAACAAAGGUUUACAUCAGUGUCGAUAUCGAUGUGCUUGAUCCUGCAUUCGCACCUGCUACAGGAACAGCCGAAGUCGGUGGCUGGACUACGCGAGAGCUCUUGUCCAUAUUGGAUGGUCUCGAAGGACUGGAUGUUAUCGGAGCAGAUGUCGUUGAAGUGGCUCCUAUCUACGACAACCCGGGUGAAACCACCGUUCUGGCUGCUGCAGAAGUUGUGCACUCUCUUAUCGCACUAAUGGUAAAGUCCUCUUCUUAG